UCCUCUUAACCUUGCAGCCUCAAAGCUGUUCCCGCAUUUCGCAUCGUCUUGACUCGGUCUUCCCCAUUCCUUUCAUCUCCCUCACUCAACCACUGAACAAGUGGCCAACCCAGACACCAUGGCCGAGCCUCCUCGCGACAUCUCCUCAAUUCUCGCCGCCCUAGGCGCAGCUCAGCGAGGACCCUCGACAGCUCCCAACCCGGCCCAGCCCGGUGUACCACCUUCAUACGCUCCUCCGCCCGGAGCUCAGCCACCCCCGUACCCUCCCAUGCCUCAGGCGGCGCCACCCCCCCAGCAGUAUCCCGGCGCGCCCAGCUACUCCCUUCCUCAACCAUCAUCCAGCGGCACCCUUGAUCUUAGCUCUAUUCGUCCCGUGAAUUCCGGCACUGUCAGCAUCGCAGAUGCCAUCGCUCAGGCCAAGGCUUUUGCUGCCGAGAAGGGUGUCAGCUCGUAUGACCGCCCUGUCGUCUAUUCCAACGAACCACCUCGCGCCCAAGAUCCCCGCUCUUACCGAAGGACCUCUCGCUCCCGCUCUCCGCCCUCGCGACGCGAUCCAUACCGCGACCACGUCAACCCGUAUCGUGAUGAACGACGCGAGGAACGGGCGUCUUCGCGGACCUACGGCCAGGGCCAGAACCAGGGCCAGGGUCAGGGUCAGGGUCAGGGUCAGGGUCAGGGUCAGGGUCAGGGUCAGGGUCAGGGUCAGGGUCACGCUCGCGACCGCUCCUACUCUCCCGGUCCUCGCGGUCGCCCUUUCUCUCCUCGCACCGGCGGCCGUGACCGAUCUCCUCUGCGGGGCGACGGCGGGGACGAUCACUCGGAGACUAUUUCCAUCGAGUCCAGUCUGGUCGGGCUUAUCAUUGGUCGGCAGGGCGAAAACCUCCGUCGAAUCGAGAGCGAGUCGGGCUGCAGGGUGCAGUUCAUGCCCCCGACCGACGGUGGUCCUUACCGCUCCUGCAGGAUAUCGGGUCCGAAAGCGCGUCGCGCCGACGUCAAGACGGCCAUCAACCGUAUCAUCGAAGACAGCGGCAUGGGCGUCAUCAACCGCGGCGGCGCCCUUCGUCAGCAGCAGCAGCAGCAGCAGCAAAAUGACCAGCGAGCGGGCUCUGUCCCGCUCAAGGAGGGCGAAGAUUGCGUUCAGAUUAUGGUACCGGAUCGAACCGUCGGUCUCAUCAUCGGCCGCGGUGGCGAGACCAUCCGCGAUCUACAAGAGCGGUCCGGGUGCCAUAUCAAUAUUACUAGCGAGAACAAGAGCAUCAACGGCUUACGACCGGUCAACCUGAUCGGGACACCCGAGGCGUCCGGCCGCGCGAAGGACCUCAUCAUGGAGAUCGUCGACAGCGACAGCCGCGGGGAAGCCCAGCCGCCACACAGAAAGGGAGGGAGGCAGGAUCAGUUUGGUGCUAGUGGUGGUGGCGGUGCUGGCGGUGCUGGCGGCGGUGCUGGCCACGACAAGAUCAACGACACCAUCUACGUCCCAUCGGAGGCCGUCGGUAUGAUCAUCGGAAAAGGUGGAGAGACGAUCCGUGAGAUGCAGAACGUCACCGCUUGUAAAAUCAAUGUCGCCCAGUCGUCCGGCCCCGGCGAGGUACAGAGAGAGAUCUCUCUCGUAGGUUCCGCCGACAGUAUCAGCCGGGCCAAGGCGUCGAUUGAAGAGAAGGUGGAAGCCGUGCGCCAGAAGAGUGGUGGUGGUGGCGGUGGUGACGGCGGCGGCCGCGGUGGUGGUGGUGGUGGUGGUGGUGGUGGUGGUGGUGGUGGUGGCCGUGGACGCCAGCAACAUCAUGACUAUGACAACUACUCGCAGCAGGGAUCUAACAAUACAGGACAGGCUAGCGGGCCGGCUGCACAAGCUCCCGCCGCCGCAGAUGGUUCCGACCCAUACGCACAAUAUGGCGGUUACCAGAAUUACCUGGCCCUAUGGUAUCAAUCACUGGUAUAUCAGCAGCAACAGGGCGGCGGAAGUGCGCCCCCAGCUGGUGGCGCGCCACCUCCCGGAGCCUAGUGAGGACCAGGCGUGUGUGCUGUGCCU